GUUGCAGGCCGUUUGAAUGGACCAAUGGGCCUUCAAGUUGGAGACAUUGGGAUGCAAAUGAGGCCAGCGCGUGCUCGGGGCCCAGUGAAAGCUCAGAUUGUUUAUUGAGCUCCCGGAGCCACGCGCCUGGCCCGAGGGAGCCGGCCCGCGAAGAAUCGCACAGCGGGGGCGGGGCCUCACCACGGAGCGUGCAUGCGAGGGGAGGGCGGCUGGGGUGGGGUGGGGUGCGCGUCAGGGCGCGUGUUGAAAAAGAGGAGUGCUGCCAAAGUUUGGGUCACAACGGCUCGUGGGCAAUAGCAGUCAAGAGAGACUUGGACCUGCACACGGGCCUCCCACGCGAAGGACACGAGAGCCAAGCGCCGCCGCAUCCAUCACGGGAGCUGUCACAGCAGACAUGGCAACCAUCAGCAGCACGCAGGCAGCCUUCGCCUUCGCGCUGACGGAGAGGCGCGCCGGCUCCAGCGCGCACGCCCCGGCGCAGGAUUGCUCGCUCCCGAGCGCGCACGAGCAGAACCGCGGCAAGGUGCUGAAGAGACAGCGCUCCGACUCGCCCGAGCUGCUGCGCUGCAAGCGGCGCCUGAGCUUCAACGGUCUGGGCUACGCCAUCCCGCAGCAGCAGCCCGUGGCCGUGGCCCGGCGGAACGAACGAGAGCGGAACCGGGUCAAGCAGGUCAACAUGGGCUUCCAGACGCUGCGCCAGCACGUCCCCAACGGGGCCGCCAACAAGAAGAUGAGCAAGGUGGAGACUUUGCGCUCCGCGGUGGAGUACAUCCGCGCUUUGCAGCAGCUUUUAGACGAGCACGACGCCGUGUCGGCCGCCUUCCAGUGCGGACUGCCCUCGCCCACGCUCUCCAACACCUACUCGGCCGACCCGGAGUCGCCUCACUCCACCUACUCGUCCGACGAGCCUCUGAGCUCCGAGGAGCAAGAGUUGCUGGACUUCACCACCUGGUUCGACCGCUACUGACGCAGAAGCCCACGCGUGCGUCAACGCGAGACUGUGAGCGCCCUCCCUCCUUCCCUCCCUCCCUCACCCGAGUGACUCUCUGCGAGAAAGGCAGCCAAGCAAUAAUGACAGGAAUGAAGGAGUGUGUCAUGUUGACGCGCUGAAGUAAAUACUGUUGAAUAAGUGCAAUUAUUAGGUGACACGCGCGCGCGCCCUCACAUGACUGCAGAUGGGCAGACGUUUCUUCUCAUUUCUUUCUUGUCAUUCAUUCUAACACAUGCCACACCUAUUUUUGUACACUGAAAAUAAAUGAUCGCAGAUGGAUUAUCAGCAAUAUCAAGGCUACCUGGGACGCACUGUAGUUGAGUUCCCUCUUUUUAUAGAAAAAUAUAGAGAAAGCUAGGUGGCCAUCAGAAGAUCUCUAUUGAUGUAUGCACUUGUUCUCCACUUUCUGUAGCCUCCGAAUGUAAAUAUUUGAUUCGAACAGAUAUAUUUUGUGUAAGAUAACUUUUAUAAAUAAAAGCAUCUAUUUAUAUGAAA